AAAAUCAAUUAAGUUUUAGAGUCUCAAGCAAAACAAAAAAAAGAAAAGAAAAAAAAAACUCCACAUAAAAAAAGAAGAAGAAAGAAACAAAAAAGAAAAAUUAGGAGGCAUUGGAAAAAAUAAUGGCAGGAGGUGCAAGUAAGGUCAUGUUCAUCUUGUUGGUUGCUUUUGCCGUUACUAUUCCAAGCCUUGAUGCGCGCAUUGGUGAGUUUGAUGAACAUCUGAAACAACAAUCUGAGGAGGCUCACGAAAUCGCUCUCGAGUCCUACGUGCCCGACCCUAUAAACGUUACAGUGGACCUCAAUAUGCACGUUCAUAGGGCAUUGAUGGAGGAAGAUGAAGCAAACAACACAAGGAGGGAACUAAAGGAGAAAUACCGUGGGCCAUGCAUGGCGCUGAACCCAAUCGAUCGUUGUUGGAGGUGCAAGAAAAAGUGGGACAAAAACCGGUUCAAGUUGGCGAAAUGCGCCAAGGGUUUCGGAAGAAGGGCGGUGGGAGGACUCGGCGGGAAGAUCUACACCGUGACGGACCCCUCCGACGACGACAUGGUGGAGCCGAAACGCGGGACUCUCCGUUACGGCGCCAUCCAAAAGGGACCACUGUGGAUCGUGUUCGCGCGAAGCAUGGUCAUAACACUGAAGCAGGAGCUGUUGGUCACCUCCGACAAAACCAUCGACGGUCGCGGCGCCCAUGUUUCCAUCAAGGACGGCGCUGGCAUCUCCUUGCAGUUUGUGAACAACGUCAUCAUUCAUGGCCUCCACAUCCACCAUAUCAAGGCCAAGGAAGGUGGCAUGAUUAGGGACUCGUGGAACCACGUCGGAAUCAGAACCAAGAGCGACGGUGACGCCGUCUCCGUUUUUGGCUCUUCCAACAUUUGGCUCGAUCAUCUUUCUUUGUCUGACUGCGAGGAUGGUCUCAUCGACGUCAUCGCCGCUUCCACCGCCGUCACCAUCUCAAAUUGUCACAUGACCAAACACAACGAUGUGAUGCUGUUUGGAGCUAGCGAUACCUUCUCUGAGGACAAGAUAAUGCAGAUAACAGUGGCAUUCAACCAUUUUGGGCAGGGACUGAUCCAAAGAAUGCCGAGAUGCAGAUUUGGUUUCUUCCAUGUGCUGAACAACGACUACACUCACUGGCUGAUGUAUGCAAUUGGAGGGAGUUCAGGGCCAACGAUUCUGAGCCAGGGAAACCGCUUCAUUGCACCCAACAAUGAUGCUGCCAAGGAAAUAACACACAGGGACUAUGCACCCCCUGAUGUGUGGAGCAAGUGGCAAUGGAGAUCAGAGAAUGAUCUCUUCAUGAAUGGUGCUACGUUCACUGAGUCAGGAUCACCUAUUGGGAAACUACCAUUCAACAAAGGGUUCCUAAUGAAACCUAGACAUGGCUCAGAAGCCAAUAGGCUCGCACGCUUUUCUGGGGCCCUCAAUUGCAAGGCUGGUAAGCCUUGCUAGAUGAUUAAUUAAGUUCAUCACUUUUUUUUUCUCUUUUUCCUGAUUUCUAAUUGUCACAUGCUUACUAAUUAAGCAGACAAUGACAAAGUAAAACUAAACUAAGUAGGAAAUCCUCUAUUGGUAUAAACACUUCUGCUUUAGGGCUUAGAGGAUGCAUGUCUUCAUGGACAAUGCUAUUAUAAUAUUUCUUUUGUAAAUACGUUAGAGGGAAAAAUGUAGGGGUGAUUUUGUGAUCUAGCUAGGGUUUGAGAGCGAGGAAGGGAGGUUGCUGCUUGGGAUUGAGGUAAGGGAAAAGGGUGGCAGAAAACAUAGAUCCAUAUCAUUUAGAAAACAUUUUUCUUUCUGUUUGUCUUUCAGUAAUUCAUAUUCAAUAAUUCACUUGAUAUAGUUUGCCUUCGA